AUGGACAAACUUGCUCAAAAGACUGAGAAGGCUAAGAGGUCAAUCAAUAUUUGUGAAGACUGGUUGAGACUCGUGAUUCUCUACUCACCGUCUCGAUACGAAAGAACAACCCAAGAAAGGAUUGUUGAACCAACUGACGAAACAGAACAGAAACCAAAAUCAAAAGAUCAGAAGGAUAAUGAAGCUUUUAUAUCUAAUGGUAGAGAGAAAGUUGUUGAUGAUGUUGAUGAGGAAGAAGUGUUAUCCGAAGGUGAAAAGCUUGUGAAGAAGAAAUGCGAUAAGGAACUUGAUAAUCUUUUAAAUCUUCGACGUGAGUUAGAAGAGACUGAGGUUGAAGCUGAAAUUGCAAAAGUCACUCUUGCAACUCAGAAGUCCCUCUUUCCUCUGUGA